AUGAGUUCUCUCUGUGAAAAAUCUGACUUUGAAAAAUCCAUUUCUGAGGAAUUGAUCCCUAAGAAAGUUCGUUUCAGAGGCGAAGAUGUUGAUACAAAUAGUAAUAUGUUGAUCGACUCGUCCCCGGAAAAACCUGUCUCGUUGAAGGACAUGCUUGUCGGCCAAUCGUCAAAGGAUUCUUUCAAUGUUUUGGAAGGAAAAGAUGAUUUAGAUAUUUUGGAUGGGGAUAUUCAAAAAUCUUUUCUCAAUGGCAUACCUUCCAUUUCCUUCACGGAUAGGAUUCAUAAAAUCCUUAUUCAAGGUAUGGAAAACACAGAGAUUUUAAAACUUCUUGGUCGUAAUAUUGGUUUUUCAAUUUUGCAGAAUAAAUUAUACAAUCUAUGGAGACCUUCAGCGGCUCUACAUAUGAUGGAUAUAGAAAAUGGAUAUUUCUUGGUUAAAUUUCAGAAUAAAUUGGACUGUGAAAAGGCGCUUUCUGAGGGUCCUUGGAUCAUCUUUGGUCAAUAUUUGACGGUUCAACCUUGGACGUUAGCCUUUGAUCCCACACAAGCUUACCCCAGUGUCGUGAGGGCAUGGAUUAGAUUCCCUGGUUUACCUGGUUAUUUAUACAAUCAUAAGAUCAUCACUGAGAUAGGGGAAACAGUUGGUAAAGUGGUUAAAUUGGACAUGAACACGGAUAGUAGGACUAGGGGACGUUUUGCUAGAUUGGUUGUUUAUGUCGACCUGGAGAAGCCGUUGGUAUCCCAUAUUUUGAUUAACGGUUGA